AUGUAUGCAAACAGUUAUCAGUCAUUACCAUCUGAUGCUGGUAUUAUUUUUCUUGGCAAUGCUGGCUCUGGCAAAAGUUUCCUAUGUAAUUGCAUCAUCGGUCAUGAACAAUUUGAGCACGACUUUCGAACGACAGCAGUGACAACUGUCACUGAAUAUCAUGAAGUCAACAUCCCAGAAAAGUUCAACCUUCGAAUCUACAAUAUUUCAGGAUCGGUGGAAGCAAAUCAAAAACGAGUUGAGGAAAAUAAACGGCAAAUAAUGAAAGCCUUCGAGGAGUGUCCAAAUUCAAUCGUUAUUUUCGUUUGGACACAGAACGGUGGACGAGUGAAUCCAAAUGAUGUGGUUGCAUUUAAUGCCCUUAAUGCAGCCUAUGCUUUUCCAGCUGAAUCUCUUGCAUUCGUUGUCAACGAUCUACCUCCUCAUCGCAAUAGUCGACGGAACUACGAUGGAGAAUUUCUGGCCACACUCAAAGUACUACUGGAACCCAUGAAAGUCUCUGUCAAAGAUAUCAUUUUUAUCGAUCACAUUGAACCUGGACACGAAAUGAAACUGACUGAUGCGCGUACCAAACUCCUUGAUUUGAUCUCAAAACAUUAUAUUCUUCCACAAACCAGGUGUGCCGAUAUUAUUCUCGAAUUGGAACAAUUGCAAAAGGAUCUGUGCGAUAUCAAAAAUAAACAAAUGCAGGCUGAGCAGGACAAGGAAAAAUUCAAACGAUAUGCCGAACAGCUGCAAAAUGAACUAGCUGAUAGUCUAAGCAAGCAAAUAAAAGCUGAGCAAGAGAAGAUUAAGGCUGAGAAGGACAAGGAAAAGGCUGAACAGGACAAGAAAAAGGCUGAUCAAGAAAAGGAAAAGGCUGAAGCAGAAAGACGAAAGGCUGAAUAA